ACAGGCACAGCCCUGAAGCACACACCCCAGAUGGUCACUCUUCUCCCCAGACCUGACAUCGUCCACCUCCAAAGAUGCUUUGUGAAUCCAAGGAGAAGAGGAUGAUAAUGUUCCACGAGCUGUCAAAGGGAUUCAGCUCCUUCACUCCACGAGCUUCUCUGCGAAGGAAGUUUGGGCGAUACAACACAUUCAUCAUUAAUCGUCCCUUGAAUUACACAAAAACACUGGCAGUGUCGGAUGGAGAAUUGAAUGUCACCGAGGGAGAUGGGCACGGCAGCACUCACAGCCUGAAUAGCAACACCAGCUUGCCCAGUGUCCAGAGUGGCAGCCGUCGUGUGGAAAGGUCUGUGGCCAGCUGGGCAGUCUCAUUCGAGAGGCUCCUGGAGGACCCCACAGGUGUCCGCUAUUUCACGGCUUUUCUGAAAUCAGAAGUCAGCGCAGAGAAUAUCCUAUUCUGGCAGGCUUGCGAGAAGUUCAGGCAGAUUCCUCCCAGUCAGAAAGAUGAGCUGUUACGUGAGGCCAGAGAGAUCUAUGUCAACUACCUAUCAAGCAACGCGCUACAUGCCAUUAACAUUGAUGACACAGCCAGGAUAGAGGAGAGCCUGCUGGACAACCCCACACCGGACAUGUUCCAGAAAGCCCAACAACAGAUAUUCAAGCUGAUGAAAUUUGACAGCUAUACCCGCUUUGUUAGGUCCCAGCUCUACCAGAAAUGUAUGCUGGCCAAUGUGGCAGGACAGCCCUUGCCUGACCUUUGGCCUGGUUCCAAGAGCCCAGGUUCUAGGAAGAGCAUGAUCAAUGAUAGUCCCUCUUUGACUGACUCCAAAAAGAAGAAGAAGUUGAAGGCUGGAAAGUCCUUACCUUUUGAUGUGGAGGACAGCUCAGAGAGAAAGAGAGCUACAUUGGAUGGCCGGCCCAGUCAGGACAAAUCAAAGAGGGACAAGCGUCGUGAGAUGAGAGGCUCAUGGGGAGCAGAGCUGUCUGACCAGCGAUCAAUCUCAGUUUCCCGCCGUGAGUCCCAGAGCUCUGUCACCUCAUCCACCAGUGUGGAACUGGGGUCUUUCUGCAAUAAAGGAGAGAAUGGGAGCUCCUGUCCUCGUGUUACUGACCAAGAUAAAGAAAGCCGUGCUGUGAAGUACUGCUGUGUCUACCUGCCUGAUGGGACAGCUUCCCUCGCCCCUGUGCGCGCCGACCUCACCGUACGAGACAUGCUGUCGGGGAUCUGCGAGAAGAGGGGAAUCCUGCUAAAAGACGUCAAAAUCUACUUAAAGGGGAAUGAUAAACCUCUUUCUCUUGACCAGGAAAGCCUUGUCCUAACAGAUCAACAGGUCCUUCUGGAGACCAUGAUAACAUUUACAUUGGAGGUGGUGUUUCUUGGUAAAACUGUAGGAAUUGUUGCUAAAUCCAGCAAGGUUCUCUCUGAAGCUCUCGCCCCUGUCCUGAGGAAAAAUGAACUCAGACCCGAAGAGGUGGUGGCUACUAUUAGUGGAAGCCAGGAGCCUUUAAACAUGAGCAUACCUGUCAUGUCGUUAGCCAAAAAGAAAGUACUUUUGGACAGAAUAAAAGGUAAAGAACAGAAUAGCAACACAAAAACACCUAUUUCCCCUCCAGAGAUUCAAGUGAUUGAAAGUUCAAUACAAGAAGAAAAGAGUGAGACUCCCUGCACUGGAAGAAACCAAACCAGAACAAACUCCAGAGUGAGAAACCCCAUGCAGAGGAGAACAUAUGACAUGGAUGGGCUGAUCGAUCUUCUCUCCAAAGUGCAGAACUCCAGAGUGAAUGAUCAACGAGGCCUCCUUUGCAAAGAGAACUUGGUAAUUCCCCACUUCUUGCAGCAGCCUCUGAGGGAGGAAGAAAGUGAGGAAGAUGAGGACAAACGUGAGAAGCUGAAAGAGAGUCAGCUCGCGUCUGACCCUUCCCCUCCCCUGGCCCAACUGGACAGUGGUGGACAGGAUGUUGAGAAGCAGCCUGCAAGCACCACCACACUUCCAGAAUGCAACAAGCCAGUGAGUUCAGAGGACAGUGAUACAGGACUAACUAAUGACUCAGACCAAAGUGAAUGUCAAUCCAAACAGUCCAGCCAAGUGACAGACAGCAAUGCACCUUCAUUGCAGACGAAAAUGCCCAUUGUGCACACAGACUCCAGUCGCGAAACAACAGUAUGAUUUCCUGGCAGCAAAAAAUGUUUUGCUUAACAAAUGGGUUUUGCAUUUUCCCCUCACUGUUUUUGUGAGAAGUCCUUUUUCAAGUUGGAAGAGUUCUGCUUUUCUCACUGCCAUCUGUAGAUAAAGUGAGCUGAAAGUGGCUCAGUAAAAGAGCAGUGUUCUUUCUGUUAUCUGAGUUAUACUGUGCACUAUAGACUUUAAGGUAAUGUGUGUGAAGUGGAGGGGUCAGAUGGUUUAUUGGGAUUAUUUUUGUGUAUUUGGACUAGAAAGAGAAACUACAUUUUAAGCUUUCAAAAACCUUUUCCCUCUAAUUGUAUAUAUAUUGUAGUAUAGUUUUCUGCUUUAACUUAUUUUAAAUAGUGAUUAAACUUAUGUAGGCUUCGGAUACUGUAGAUUGGAAGAAUUUGUUGUAUAAUAACAUACAAAAAAUGCUACACCUUUGUGCCUUUUUCUAAUUUAACUUAUACUUUGUUUUUCCAUUUUGCACAUUUUAAAAUAGAAACAAUUGUCCAUGCACUUUUUGCACUGUUCAGUAGUUCUUGUAAAAUGUUGUGGUUUUCGGCUGUUAGUAAAAAGUAUUAGAUGCAUCCAAUAAAAAGAAAAUCUCUGAAAUUG